GGCGCCUGCGGCGGGCUGCUGAGGGCUGACGUGUCUGCCGUUUCCCGGUGUCGGUGCGAGCGAGACAGUGAUGGCGGACGCCUGGGAGGAGAUCCGGCGGCUGGCGGCUGACUUCCAGCGGGCGCAGUUUGCGGAGGCCGCGCAGAGGUUGUCGGAGCGGAACUGCAUUGAGAUUGUGAAUAAACUGAUCUCUCAGAACCAGCUAGACGUAGUCCAUACGCUUGAUGGGAAGGAAUACAUCACUCCAGCACAGAUCAGCAAAGAGAUGAGAGAGGAGCUCCAUGUCCGAGGGGGUCGAGUAAACAUUGUUGACUUACAACAGGUCAUUAAUGUGGACCUGACUCAUAUUGAAAAUAGAAUCAGUGACAUUAUUAAAUCAGAGAAGCAUGUCCAAAUAGUAUUGGGUCAACUGAUAGACGAGAACUAUCUGGAUCGGUUAUCAGAAGAGGUAAAUGAUAAAUUGCAAGAAAGUGGUCAAGUAACCAUCUCAGAACUGUGUAAAACCUAUGACCUUCCUGGGGAUUUUCUGACACAGGCACUAACUCAGCGACUUGGUCGAAUUAUCAAUGGCCACAUUGACCUUGACAACAGAGGGGUGAUUUUCACUGAGGCCUUUGUGGCUCGUCAUAAAGCACGCAUCCGUGGGCUCUUCAGUGCUGUCACCCGGCCUACAGCAGUGAAUUCUUUGAUUUCAAAAUAUGGAUUUCAGGAACAGCUCCUUUACUCUGUGCUUGAGGAACUCGUUGGCACUGGACGUCUGCGAGGCACUGUGGUUGGCGGCCGACAGGAUAAAGCAGUGUUUGUCCCUGACAUUUAUUCCAAGACUCAGAGUGCUUGGGUGGAUUCCUUUUUCAGGCAAAAUGGCUACCUAGAAUUUGAUGCUUUAUCAAGACUUGGAAUUCCAGAUGCCAUGAACUAUAUAAAGAAAAGAUACAAGAAUACACAACUCUUGUUUUUGAAGGCAGCUUGUGUUGGUCAAGGACUUGUGGACCAGGUGGAAGCAUCAGUAGAGGAAGCCAUCAGCUCGGGGACAUGGGUUGAUAUUUCUCCUCUGCUGCCCAGUUCUUUGUCAGCUGAGGAUGCUGCCAUGCUGCUUCAGCAGGUGAUGAGACCCUUCAGCAAGCAAGCCUCAGCGCUCGUCUUCAGUGACACAGUGGUGGUCAGUGAGAAGUUCAUAAGCCACUGCACAGAGCUGUUCAGCCAGCGGAUGCACCAGAAGGCGGAAAAGGAAAUGAAAAAUAACCCUGUGCAUUUAAUCACUGAAGAAGAUCUGAAGCAAGUUUCCAUUUUAGAAAGUGUUAAUACAAAUAAAAAGGAUAAAAAAGAUGAGCGCAGGAAGAAAGCAACAGAGGGCUCUGGAAGUGUGAGAGGAGGAGGAGGGGGCAACGCCAGAGAAUACAAAAUUAAAAAAAUCAAGAAGAAAGGAAGAAAAGAUGAUGAUAGUGAAGAUGAAUCUCAGUCAUCUCAUGCUGGAAAGAAGAAGCCAGACAUCAUGUUCAUGUUCCAGGAUGAAAUUGAAGAUUGCUUAAAGAAACAUGUGCAAGAUGCCCCUGAGGAGUUUAUUUCCGAACUUGCAGAAUACCUAAUAAAACCUCUUAAUAAAAUGUAUCUUGAAGUGGUACGGUCAGUGUUCAUGUCGUCAACUUCUGCUUCUGGAACUGGCAGAAAACGUACAAUCAAGGACUUACAAGAAGAGGUCUCAAACCUGUACAACAAUAUUAGAUUAUUUGAAAAGGGGAUGAAGUAUUUUGCAGAUGACACCCAGACUGCUCUUACCAAGCACUUGCUGAAGACAGUGUGUACCGAUAUCACUAACCUCAUGUUCAACUUCCUAGCCUCAGAUUUAAUGAUGGCGGUAGAGGACCCUGCAGCCAUUACAAGUGAUAUAAGGAAAAAAAUUUUAAGUAAAUUGACAGAAGAAACCAAAGUAGCUCUCACCAAACUCCACAACUCUCUAAAUGACAAAAGCAUAGAAGAUUUCCUUUCUUGUCUGGAUUCUGCAACAGAAGCUUGUGACAUGAUGGUGAAAAAGGGAGACAAAAAGAGGGAAAGGCAAAUACUGUUCCAGCAUCGGCAGGCGCUGGCUGAGCAGCUGAAGAUCACAGAAGACCCUGCUCUUGUUCUGCACCUCACAUCAGUGCUGUUAUUUCAGUUCUCCACUCACAGCAUGCUGCACGCACCUGGAAGAUGCGUCCCACAGAUCAUCGCUUUUCUGCACAACAAAAUCCCAGAGGACCAGCAUGCUCUCCUGGUAAAGUACCAAGGCUUGGUUGUACAGCAGUUAGUCAAUCAAAAUAAGAAGAGUGGACAGAGAGAGGACCUGUCAGCUGAUGAACUGGACAAGGAACAGCAUGACGUCACCAAUGCUACUCGGAAAGAGCUUCAGGAACUGUCUUUAUCCAUUAAGGACCUUGUUCUGAAGUCCAGGAAAUCAUCUGUGACAGAGGAGUAAUGCCCUUCAUUUGCUUUUAUAGUGAGUCUUUUCCCCAAAGUUGAAGAUGAGUCAGUCAGCACACCCCACUCUCCCCACUAAUCCCCCCACAAUUCAAAUAAAAGAGUGAUAUUGCAUUAGAUGCUAAUCUUAUGGAAAUUUUUACAAGUUGAGUUCUCCAUGAAACAUUUUCUUUUUACAUAAUCUUAUGUAUAAUUUGUAAUGUAAUAAAAAGGUUUUCAAAGAGUUUUGAAUCUAGAGCAAUUAUAUGCUUUAAUUUCUUCUAGAUGUUAAAAUGAAAAAUAAAAUAGAAUACUUUUCAUCUCCAGGGGGAAAAAUGUUUUCUAUUUAAUUUCCAAGUACCACUCCUCUAUUUUGGCAGAUAUUUAGAAUAUUGUAUUUUUUUCAUAAAAAAUUUUAUAUCUGAAAUAAGAAUAAAUAGGGAAUUCUACUUUUAAAUUUAUAGAGAAUGCUUUAAAACUAGAAAAUUUCAAAUAUAUUUUAUAUUACUAAGCUCAGGCUCUUGCUUUUGAGAGAAGUCCUCCUGCAUAAACCUGUCCAGAGUCUGAGAGGCGGUUUGACAAGCAGGGACACUGGACAAGCUUGCAGUGCUGUGCUCUCAUAAAGCAAACCCAGGGAAGGAGCCGUAGGGCAAACAUGAAGUUCCUUGUGAGAACACAAGGCACAUUAUACAGUGAGGUGGUUAAAAGGACAGAGGUGUUCUUUGAUUGGCCCAGUUUAGAUUUCUAAGUUUUGCUUGUUUGAUUUCAGUGGCUGCUUUACCCUGAGUUCUUUGUUGGAACCUGUAUAACAGGUUGCUAGGGUGUUCUUUCUAAUGAACACAGAAUCGGUAAAUGUGAUUAAACUUAAUUUAAUCACAGAACUUUUAUUCUAAGAAUAGAAAUUAUAAAACAUUGCACUUUUGGUUUUUGCUAUUAUUAGUUAAGGCUUACUAAAAUAGUUCCUUGGAACAAUAAUUUAAACCAAGUAAGUUCUAAGCAAUGUCCUAUUACUUGUUAAAAAGUUUAGUUAUUUUUAAUGUAAUAAAAUGUUUAAAGAAUGCUGUUUUAUAUAAUGCCUCAAGUGACAAUGUAAUUUUAAUAUUUUCAAAUGUUUAAAUACAAAAGAAGACUACCUCUUUUCUGAAAUGACAGAGUGUUAAUACUGCAUGGAAACAAUUACUCACUGGGAGUUUUGUUAAAGUUUAUGAUAAAACUUUGUAGAAAACAUUAAGGCACUGGAGCAGCAGCUCGGGGAGCAGCACUGGCUGCUAUUCCAGAAGACCCGGGUUUGAGUCCCAGCACCAUAUGGCUGCUUUGUAACUCCAGACCCAGGAAAUCCAAUGCCUCUGGCCUCUGAGCACCAUGCACACACGGUGCCCAGUCCUACUAUGCAGGCAAAACAACCUUACACAUAAAAGAAAAUAAGAUAAAUGAUUUCACAUGGGUAAUUUUCUAUUGCAUAUUUUCAUAUAAGCAAAGGAAGAAAAGUAGUAAAUUCUCUGAGACUCCAAAAUCAUUUUAUUUUUUUAUUCAGCUUCCAAAUUUGUGAAUAAUCUGAAUUUCAAAUUUUGUUUAAUAAAUUUUUUCAGAAAACACUAAAUCCGUGUUUGCACCAUACUCUGUCUAUAAAAAUAAAUACAAGAGAUGAUCAGAUAAACUCAUUUUAAUUUAAUUUACAAAAAUAUAGUAGAAAAAUGUAAAGCUUUGUUAAUCUUACUUGCAUUUACUUUAUUUGUCCCAAAUUUUUUUAUUUUCCCUUAGUAAAUAAAGUUUAUUGUUUUGUAAAUAAAAUUAUAUACUGACUGUAAAUACUUAAUUUCUGAUAUAGUUAAUUAGGUUAAGAAUAUUAUUUAAAAUAAAGUUGUCUAUUCUUUUAAAUUGUAUAUGCUAUUCUGAAAAGUACUUAUCAAUUGCAAUUCAUAUGAUACUUAUAUUUUGAAUUAUUCUUUGUUAACGUGAUAUUUUUAUUACACAAAAACAAUUUAUUACAUCCUGCUGUUUGAAAAUGUCAGUCAUCUUAGUAAAUAAUUUCUCAUUCAGAUUUCAGCAAUUUUAUAGCCAUGUUCUCAUUAUCUAUUAACUCUUGCUAUUCUAAUAGAGAUGUGGAAAACAUGCCCAGUUUUAAUGUUCACUGUGUUCCAUCUACAGACAAGUAUAGUCAACAGAAGCCCAUUUGAGACCACCCAGAAGAUAAAGUGAGCAGUAGCAGGGACCGUCAGAACCUCAGUGCUUUGAGAAAAGCCGCAGUGUUGUAGAGCGAGAGUACCCUCUGUGUGGGACUCCAUUGGAAACUUUGGAGAAGUGCUUUACUCAGAUGAUGAAUGAGAUCAAAGUGUAGCAUCCAGCUCGAUAGGCAAGGGACAAUUUAUUGCUUUUUGCCGUAUUGUCAUCAACUCCAGACCCAAUUGUCUUGUUUUGUAUCAAAAACUAUUUAUGAUAAACUGGAUAAAAAGAUGUGACAGAAGGCUUGUUGGUUUUUCUGUUUUCGCUGAAGUCCAUGAAACCUUUACCUCAAUGUUGCAUGAGCGAUAAGGUAAAAACACACAGAGAAAAUGCCUCUGGGAUACGUAUUUUUCACACAUGUCUUGAAUCACUAUUAUUGAUGUGUUGCUAUUUUUAAUGAAUGACAAUUUUUAAAUACUAAAAAUAUAGAAUGAUAAUUUAAAUAGCCUUAAGGGGUCAUACAGAUUGCUCUACUUUUAUGGACAGGUAGCAAGUGAGAAAAUAGAAGUGUCUUACUAUACAUUUGCUAAGAAUCAUGACUUACAGUCUUUAGAGAAAAGUUGUAUCACACACAA